UGACAGUUCACUUGACAAGUGAUUUGUUAACUAUUUUUUAUAGCCAGUAUAUAAAAUAAAUUUUCCUUUUAUUCUAUUAAAAAUAUAAGAAUGUCUCGUGCAACUAGGGCUGAAACUAGGAGCAAGGCUAAAGAGGAUAUCAAGAGAUUUAUGCAUUCUAUUGAAAAAGUUCGCAAAUGGGAAAAAAGAUGGGUUACCAUUGGAGAUACCACAAUGAGAGUUUUUAAAUGGGUACCUAUUAUAAAUUAUAAUAAUCCUCUUAAUAAAUCUCAAUUAAUCAAUGCUAAAGGGCAUGUUAACAAAAGGAAUUCACUCAUUAAAUUAGAAAAUUGUGAUCAAAAUAUUGAUAAUUUGACUAAUCCUACACAAAACAUUAAAAUUUUAACCCAAAUAUCCAAAACGCCAAUUAAUUCUCAUAUUGAUAUUGAUGGUAAUUAUGUAAAUGAAAGAGAUAAAAAUGCUGAAACCACUGCACCUAUUGAUACUUCUAUUGAAGAAAAUAAAAAAAAUAAUAUUCCAAAUCAAAUGAAGGCACUUGAAACAAAACAAAUGGAACUUCCAAAAUCUAUUCAAAAUGAUAAUAAAGUAAGACAUAUUGAUAAAAUGUUAGUUGAAGAACAAACAUUUAUAUCAUCAACUAUGACAUAUAAAGAUGAAGAAAUUUCAAAUAUACAUUCUACUGAAUCUUUAAACACAGACAUUUUUGUAUCUAAUGAAAACAUUAAUAUAAAUGAGGAUGUAACAUCUACAGAGGAUGAUAAUGCUUAAUGUGAUUAUAUUAUAACUUUUAAAUUUUGUAAAUAUU